AUGCGUUUCAACAUUGUAAGCCUCCUCCUGGCCGGAGUCACUGCCACCUCCGCCGCCACCACCACCUCCGCAGCAAGCUCAGCCGCAACCUGCUCGCCCUCAGCUUCCGAUGCCAGGCUCCUGCAAUUCGCCCUAGGUAUCUCUGACUUCAUCGGGGGCUUCUACAACUCCACCGUGAACAGCACCUUCGGCAGCUCCAGCAAUGCUACCCUCCAAGCGUACCAGAAGAUCCUCUUUGGUCUCGAGACGGACAACACUCUAUCCAGCGCUGCCAUCGAGAAAGUCGGCGCCAAAGCCCCCGGAUUCUCUAAGCUCUCAUGUGACUACAAGUUCCCCGAGGUCUACAGCACCCAGGCUUGGGCCCAAUGGGCCUACCGUUUCGAGGACACCGCCACUGGCGCUUUCAUUGGUCUUGCCGGCUACACCGAGUCCCCCGAGGUCUCUUUCCUCCUGGCUCGUCUAGCUGCCGAACACAGCGCUCACUCCGCCAUAAUUGGUAGCCGCGUGAACUCGACUUACUUUGCCCAGAACUCUACUUCUCUUGUGGCAGCUUAUGGUCCUAUCCAGCUCUUGUCCUCUCUCAACCAGACUGGUAGUCUCGGCGAAUACCUGGGUGGAUGCCUCACUGCCCCUACUAGCCCUUGCGGUGCCCUGCGAAUUGGUCCCUUGGCUGCUACUCCCUCCUCGUCCGGCGUGGCGAGCACCGGUUUGGCUACAUAUGCUUCCAAGCAGAUUUAA